AUAAUAAAUAUUUUCAAAUUAAAAACUUUUUAAAUUAUCGUACUUUUUGCAAGUGCAGACAAGAGGAGACAAUAAAGCUCCUCAUAUAACCAAAAGCAAAAAUGCCUAAACUUCAUUUAAAUUCAAGCUAUAAACACUUAACUAAAUGUAGCAUUUUAGUUUUUCUGGCGCAACUCUUAAUAGCUGCAGUAGCAACAUGUGCUACCCUUCCACCAGAUUUGGCACUCCAUGAAAAUCUCAACAAUGGGAAUUUGGGAAAUGAAAUUGUCGAAAAUGUAAAUGAAGCCGAAAAACGUGCUUGGCAAUCGUUGCAAGGAUCAUGGGGAAAGCGGUCCAUUUCCGAGUCAAAUCGCAAUGAUGCUGAAGAUGAAGUAUUUUUAGCGGAGCGUUGGUUGCCAGUGCUCUUAGACGGCAACGAUAAUACGGAUCCACUCAUGAAGUACACUUUAAUUUAUUUGACAAAUGCAGCAAUUUUAGAUCGCUUGAACAACCAGGGACAAAUGGAAGAAACAGGUUUAAUGAAUGACUCAGAAGAGAAUGAUGGCUUUUUGAAUGAAAAACGUACUUGGAAGAAUAUGAAUGUGGCUUGGGGAAAACGUCGUAAUGCACCAGCAUGGAAUAAGUUUAGAGGUGCUUGGGGUAAACGUGAACCUGGCUGGAAUAACCUUAAAGGCAUGUGGGGCAAACGCGCAAACAAGGAUUGGCAGAAAUUGCAUGCUGGCUGGGGUAAGCGAUCACCACAAAUGAUGGAUAUGAACUAAAGCAAAUCUUCAAAGGCAAUUGAUAUAGACAGAACGCUAGUUUGUUAGUAGUUUAGUAUGAAAUUAAGAAACAAUUAUUAAAAUAAUGUAAAAUUUAAAGCACUAUAAAUAAUUAUCACACGAAUAUUUACAAAAGAAAAAAAUAAUAUACUUAAAAACAAAUUUAAGAAAAAUUGCACCGAGCAUUGUAGUGGGAAAAUGAGCGCAAAAACUUAAAAAAAAUACUAUGACUACAUUUAAUAUUAGUAAAUUUGCAAAAAAAAAA